UCGCGGUGGAAGCUCGGCAAGCUCAUCGGGAGCGGGUCCUACGGCCAGGUCUUCCAGGGCCUCGACCUCGAGACGGGCGCGCUCAUCGCCGUGAAGACGCUCCUCCUGCCCGUGCGCCACGACGGCGACGACGAGCCGAGCGACUCCCUCAAGAAGCACCUCGAGGAGACGCACCGCGAGAUCGCCAUCCUCUCGACGCUCAAGCACGACAACAUCGUCAAGUACCUCGGCAGCGAGAUCGACGAGCCCGAGGCGAAGAUCCACAUCUUCCAGGAGUGGGUCCCCGGCGGCACGCUCGCGGCGAACGUCAAGGCCUUCGGCGGCACCUUCGACGACGCCAUCACACGGCGCUACCUGAGACACGUGCUCAACGGCCUCGUCUUCCUCCACGCGCAGCGCGUCGUCCACCGCGACAUCAAGGGCGAGAACGUGCUCAUCUCGGACACGGGCGUCGCCAAGCUCGCGGACUUUGGGGCGUCCAAGCGCCUCGGCGAGGAGGGCACGCUCAUGCAGACGGGCAGCCUCCGGGGCACGCCCUUCUUCAUGGCGCCGGAACAGAUGACGGGCAAGGCCGUCGGCCGCAAGUGCGACGUCUGGGCCGUCGGCGGCCUCGCGCUGCUCUGCGCCACGGGGGACCCGCCCUGGAAGACGAAGAACUUCAAGACGCCCUACGCGCUCAUGAUCGCCGUCUGCCGCUCGUCCGACGGCCCGCCCGUCGACGGCUACGACCUGAGCCCGGAGCUCCUCGACUUCAUCGGCCGGUGCUUCACGCGCGACGCGGAGCGGCGGCCGUCGGCGGACGACAUCCUGCGCCACGCGUUCCUC